UUGAGUCCACGUCCACCAGCUGAAAGGAGCUCUGUCACAGGAAGUGUCAUGAAGAGAAGUCACGGGUGCACCGUCUGUGGGCGCUACAACCGCGCACUCCACCCGAAAACGUCACCCAGGAAAAUAGAGUUCCCAAACGACAAAUAUAACAGCGUGUGGAAUCAAUGCGUCAAACAGCGCACAGGUUCAAUGUACCCACCUCCACCAGCUGAGAGGAGCACCGUCACAGAGAAAGUGAUGAAGAGAAUUCAUUGCUGCACCGUCUGUGGCCUCUUCAACCCUGGUGUGGUACUGCCCCCGCUGAGACAACAGACGAAGCCCUCGACAGAUAAACGGCCGAAAGAAGAACUCCCUCAGAGGAAAGAUCCGUUUCUCCCCUUAUGCACUUCAAUAGAGUACCUGAACACUUCUCUUCACACAGCUCAUCUAGAGGAUCGUAUUUUGAUCUUCUCCAUUCUUCAGAAAGACAGAGUCCUCACAACAUUGAAGAUGAGAAUAGAUGUUCUUGAAAUGGAAAUCAAGAAGCUUGAGGAGAGGUCAAAUGGGAUCGACGAUUACAGAGAGUGUCUUCUGAAACACGUCCCACCUGAGGCCAACGGGACAGAAGGAAGGAACAUGAUCCUGCUGAAAAACAUAAACAAGUCGAUGGCCUCAAUAGCUGAGCAACAGAAGAUUGUCUGUCAGGGGAUCACGAGCAGAACGGAGGCCAUUGAAAGACUGAAGCUGGAGAUGAAGACGAUCUCCAAAAAGAUGGUGGAGGACCAAAAAGUGCUGAAAGAGAUCAAAUAUGAAAGAUUUAGAAGGUGACCUGGAGAUUCAGUAGUAGAUUCUGAAGACCAGAUAAAUAACUACAGCUGCUUCCAGCGACUAAACAUUAAAGUAUGGUCACAUA